AUGAAAUUAAUAGCACUGACGCUGACACUUAUUAUUCUAAUUGCAAUCUAUAAUCAGAUGACAAUUGGUAAAAUGAUGAUAAAAGGAAAAAAGGUAUUAGUACUAGGAGGAACUAAAGGAAUUGGAGCAGAACUAGCAAGGUUUUUAUCUACUGAAAAUGAUGUCACAAUUGCAGCAAGAAACUUUAAUAAGAAUCUUAAGUAUAAAUUUAUUAAUGUGGAUAUUAAUAAACCAGAUACAUUAAAUAGACUGGACGAUAACUAUGAUUAUGUUUUUUGUUGUCCGGGUUAUUGUAAAACAGGAUACUUUGAAUCUCUGACAGCUGCAGAGUUUUACAAGUCAAUUAAUAUCAACUACAUAGGAAUGGUAAAUGUAAUUAGAUAUUUUCUCGCAAAGUCAGACUCAAAAUGUACCUUUAUUUUAUUCUCAUCAACAACAGCAUACUACCCUUUAUGUGGUUAUGACUCCUACACCCCUUCGAAAUCAGCUUUAAAUUCACUGUUUUACAUUCUAGAUCAGGAAUAUCAUUCUAACGACAAAAUUCAUUUCAAAUUAUUCAAUUCGGGAAAUAUGAAAUCAAAAUCAUAUGAACAAGAAAAUUUAACAAAGCCUGUAUUUACUAAAAAUGUAGAAUGUAUUUCUAGUUGUUCGACACCAGAACAUUCUGCUAAAUAUCUUCUUAAACACAUAAAUGAUAGAAAAGUUAUCUCUUAUGAUUGGUUUUCGUACUUUUUAGCCAUAAAAAAUGAAUGCGAACUUUUAAUAGACUACGUUCUAUUUCCCAUAGCCAUCUUAGUUGUGUUCUGUGUAAAGUUAAGAACAAAAAGAUUGAUGAAAUUUAUAAAAUAA